AUGAGCGAGCGCCUGGGCACCGGCGGCCUGCUGGCGGCGGCCGCGGGCGGGUUCCGCCUGGGGGCGCUGCACCCCCUCAUGCACCCCCCGCGCAUGUCGCCCUCGCCCGAGCUCUACCUCGAGGCGCACGCGGACCUGCAGCCGCUCGACUUCUCGACCAAGAAGGGCAAGAUGUCCCCCGCCAGCGACGCCGGCGAGAACAGUGACAGCGACCGCUGCAGCCUGCCGGAGGAGGGCCCCGGCGGCGGCGCCCUCAACCUGGCCCCGGAGCGCCCCGUGUGGUCGCGCUCCUCCGAGUCGGGCGUGUCGGUGACCAGCGCCUCCCCCGACCGGCCGGCCUCGCCCCCCGGCCUGCACGGCCCCCCGUCACCCAUGGCCACCAGCCCCCCCAGGGGCCUCCAGCCGCACCUGGGCUCCCUCCAGCAGCAGCUGCACGCCCACCUGGCGCACGCCCCCACGAGCGCGCCCGCGGCCGCCCUCAACUCCACGCUCCUCUCGCAGCUCCACUCCAACCCGCUGCUCUUCUCCACGCUGCAGUCCGCCCUCAGCAAGUCCAAGAUGGGCGGCCACCCCUUCAAGGCGCACCUGCCGGCGCGCAGCGCCUCGCCGCCGCCCAUGGACUACCCUGCGGCGUCCUCGUCGCCGACGCCCCUGCACCCCGCCCUCGCGCGCGCGCCCGCGGGCCUCGGCGGCCUGCCCGGGGGGGCGGGGCUGGGCGGAGGCGGCUUCGGGGGAGGAGGCCUCGGGGGGAGCGGGCUGGGAGGCUCGGGGCUCGGGGGAGGAGGCCUCGGGGGGCCCGGCUUGGGGCCCGGCGGCCUCGCGGGCUCCGGGCUCGCGGGCGGCGGCGGCCUGCUGGGCCCCGGGGCGCUCGGCAUGAGCUCCGGCAGCCCGAACCCCGCCGGCGGCCUCGGCGCCCUGGAUGGCCUGGUGGGCGGCCUCGGCGGAGGCCUCGGGGGCGGCGGCGGCCCGGGAAGCCUCGGCGGCGUGAUGGGCGGGAGGGGCGCGAUGGCCGGAGGCAUGGGCGGGGCGCAGGGCGAGGCGGCCCUCAACGCGGAGAGCAACGAGGCCUAUUCGAGGUUCCGGGACCAGAUGUUGGCGCAGGUGACGUCGGCGAAGGCGCGGCGGUCGCAGGCGUCGCGCACGUCGAGCCAAGGCAGCGGCGACGCCAGGGGCGCUGACGCGGCGCUCGAUUCCAACAUGGACUCCAGCCAGGAUUUCGCUGGGGACGCGCCGGAGGCCAAGGCGAGGGAGGACGGGCUCGACGCAGGGGACACGCAGAGCUGCACGUCGUCCAGCGGCAGCGGCGGCGGCACCAAGCGCCGCGGGCGAGCGAGCGGCGACGGCGUCAAGGACGAGGCCUACUGGGAGCGGCGCCGCAAGAACAACGAGGCGGCCAAGAGGUCCCGCGACGCCCGCAGAGCCAAGGAAGACGAGAUCGCGAUCCGCGCCGCCUUCCUCGAGCAGGAGAACCUCAAGCUCCGCGUGGAAGUGGCGUCGCUCAAGUCCGAGACGGCGAAGCUGCGGUGCAUGCUGUACAACAGCUGAAGCCGCCGGCAGUGCCUCCGCUCAGCUCCGCCACGCCGAUUUGUGCCUUCAUCAUGCCUCUCACCUACACUCUCUCACGACUCCACGAGUGCCUCUUCAGUCGCCACUUUGUGUAAUGAUUCUAAGUAUAUUCUACUCUUCGCCUAAGCUAGGUCUUAUCUAGGUGAACUGCCAUCCCAUGUCUGUAUUUUUGUCAUGAGCUCUGCUGGUAGUCCUUCGCCGUUCAGUGCCAGACGCCAGCCGCAGGAGCGAAUAUAAUUCUUACUUCCAGAUAUUAAUUUUUAAGAGGGCCUUAUCGUCCCUGGUGAACCGCCCACCCUUCAUGGCGGCAAAAAAAGGGAGAGAGAAAGUGAAAAGGAUGCGGACACGUGCCUCAUUCUGAGAGAGAUUCGUGGCCGCGUUCCUCCUCCUCUGGCCAGCUGUCGUCUUUAUAAUGCCUUCCGUCUUAUCGAACAGACAAUUUCAAAUCUCAAUCAUUCAUGUAUUUCGAUUUUUUUUUAUAAUUUAAGUUCAAACUCACCUCAUUUGUGAUGUUAAAUAAAGUACAGAUUUACUUCACCUGGGAAGACAUUUUAGGAACGACAGCACCGGCACGAUACUGUGCAUGUACAUCAUUCUUGAUUACUAUGUAUGAUACUCAUAUUCUAUAUAUAUAUAGCGGCUUGAGUGUCACCGAUAAAUUAUUCUAUUUAUUUAUUUAAAUUUCUUGUUGUACCGUGUCUGUCUAACAGAUACUUCGACGGGUUGGUUGUACCUGAUAUCUCAUCCAAAGAAACAUGUACAAAUUAUUUUUAGAAAUGAACUCCUCACCAACCCGAGGUUAGGCCCCACGCCGAGAAAGUCAGUCAUCGCAAAAGGUGCUGAUAAGGAGGAUAUAAUGGCUGAUAAAGGAUACUGAUACGCGAUCCUGAUGAAGGAUACUGAUGCAGGAGUGUCUAUUCUCGCACGACCCUGAUGCAUAUCCAUCGUAGUUGUCAAAUGACUCUAUGACGUCAACGCGAUGGAAAGUGAAAGGAAAGGCAAGACACAUAUAAUAAAAAAAAUCUAUAAUCGCUGCUUUUGCCUUAAGAUACUUUAUUUUUUAACACCACAACGACACAGAAGAUAAAUCUACAGAUAAGGAAUUUUGUUGUGUGAAGUUCCUUAUCAAAUUCUUUUCGUGUGGAUAAUCUCAUCACGACUUCUGUAUCUUCUUUUUUUAUAUGCCUCUUCCUACAGCAUUCUCCCUCCUGCGUGUCUUAUUGAUCUGUAAAUAUAUAUUGUUGGUUU